AUGAAUUAUUGCCAACGGUUUUUCUUCACAAUGCCUUCUUAUAGCCAGGAAAUAAAUGUUGACCUAAAUUCAAAUGAAAAGAAUGGCUACAAAGAUAAAAAUGAAAGCAGAAGUGAAGAAGUCAAAUACGUUACCCCCGAUGUUGAGAAAAGUGUUCCAGAUGGAUUGAAUGCUGACCAAAAACUCGCAUUUGCGUUAAGAGACUUUCUGAAACCAUCAAACCCAGUAUUAGAAGAUAACGAUAACGAUAACGAUAAAGACAAUCCAUCACCGUUCGCUCUUGACCAAAAUUUACCAUAUAUAGAUGAGCAUGUGGAUACAGAAAACGCCCCCCAGUCUGACGAGGAACUACACCAAUGUCCAGAAACAGACGAAGUGCUUAAUAACGCUGCUUGUCGUUUAAGGCGAUGGCGAGCAGCCUCGCGAAAGCUUAGGCGACCCCGAAUCAUAAAUAACUUAAGUACUAAGGAUGAAGGAAGCAACGCAAAUAAGAACUUUCAUGGUGGUCAUACUGAUCUGGCUGACCGUCUGCGUAGCCUGGCCGCCGCCAGCAGCAUGUCUGCCUCGGCAGGUGAACUGCUAUCACUGGCUCCACCACCAUCCGCGGCUACUGCGCCGCCCUCACCUGGCUGCUUACUCUCACCUACACUAUCCGAUCAAAGUGCUGCGGAAUAUUUUGGUUCAAGUCCAGAAUGCUGCGUGGACCGCGGCGGUUUCGAAAGCAGCAGCUCAGCUGGGAAUCCGGCACCACCUCCCGGACCCCGCUACAAGCUAGCCACGGAAGGCACCUUGCGAGUGUGCUGUUUUCAACACACUAGGACUGUCGUUGACAAAAUUCUCGCUGCAAAAUUUCUUCGAAGAUGGGAAACGCACGUACUGUGCUUAUUGGAAGAUAAUGUUAUUUCCAAAACGCCAUCCGGUCUUCUGGAAAGUCCACUAUCAUAUAGCUGCAUGCAAGAGGUAUACUGCAUAUCGCGCUGGGACCCUGCAAGGAAAUAUUGCUUAAGGAUCGUAAUGCCGCACGGCUCGCUCUUACUGCAGGCCAAUGACGCGUAUACAAGAGACCAGUGGUAUUAUUCCAUAAUUUGGAGAAGAAACACGAUAAGGUAUCGCAAUUUUCUAACGAAAACAGUGCGGAAGGAAGUGGUUUUGAAAGAACUCAAGAAUAUGGUGGACUUUGCCAUGACCACACCGCUGCAGGACGAAAGUGUAACGCGAGCUCCUUUGCAAAUUCUUACUGACCUGCUCUCUGAGAACAAAAAUAGUCCUGACUGGGAAGAAUGGACGGAAAACGUAACGAGCUUAGCGGCGCCUUUGUUAACGGAACGAGGUGUGAAUGGGGAACUUUGCGCUUUGCUCGCUCGUCUAUGCAGGAGACGACCACGCUCCGCCCCACUGCCCGCGCUCGCUCCUCCUGUGCGAAGAGUACUCACCCGAAAUGUUGAUUUUGGAAAGGCGCCGGACGCCAGGCGUUUUGUACGAGAUUAUAUCAGUGCGUUAAGCGCGAACAACUCGGGGCCGAGCCUUGUACGUCGCUUCGUUGCGGUGACGCACGGCGAGCGUGCAAUAUGCCCACACCCUCGCGCCGCACCCAACCUCGCGGCCGUGGCGCUCGCCGCGCUCGACGAUCACUUCCGCGACUAUACCUCACCACACUGCUGCGACGAGUCCGAGCACGACGUCCUCUGCUUCGCGGACAUCUUGGAGCAUAUGUGCGAGUACGAGGACUGGUUGGUGGUGGUGGGCGCGGUGCUGCAGCCGGUGCCGCUGUGCGCGGGCGCGCUGGGCUGCGCGCGCGUGUGCGUGCGGCUGGCGCGCGUGCUGGGCGCGCUGGCGCGGGACCCGCGCUGCGCCGCGCACGCCUGCCUGGCGGCCGCGCACGCCGCGCGCCCCUGCCCACCCUCCUGGCUGCGCGCCGCCGCGCCCUCCGACCCGCUGCUCGCGCUGCCGCACCACCAGCUGGCACAGCUCUGGGGCUCUAUGAUUGGAGGCUUACUCAAUUGCUGUGGAAAAAGAAAAAGUUUUCUUCAAAGUAUGAGCAAACAACUGCCAGAUUUUCUUUUAGUCGCUCUAACUGAACACCCUGCAGCAUUAGAAGCCUUGUGCUUAAUGUUGGAAUGGGAAGUAGUCAGUGGAGAACAAAUUCAAUUAGAAAUUAUUGCGACUUUACAAGGCACAGAACUAGGUCAAAAAUACUAUAAAGAUCUUUGUGAACGGCAACAAAACUUGCAAAAACUGCAAGCGGAGGGCGGGCCGCGGCGGUUGGCGCUGCCGGUGCGCGCCACGGACGCGGACGUGGCGGCGCUGCUGGAGGCGGGCGCGCUCGGCAACCUCGAAUGCCUCUCGCUCGCCUUCACCGCCGUCACCAGCAACUGCGCACAACACCUCAUCAAGCUGCCUUCCCUGCGGUAUCUGAACUUGUGGGCGACUAAGUUUGGUGACAGUGGCGUCCAACUAAUAGCGGAACACUUGCCACAUUUACAAGUGCUCAACCUCUGCGAAACACCAAUCUCAGACAAAGGAAUAGAAGCUUUAUCAGGGUUAUCAAGUUUGAGACGUUUAAAUCUAAAUAGCACAAAAUUAUCGGCAGAAGCGUUCGAAAUACUGCGUCAGAGACUUCCCCAUCUGCAAGAGUACGAUAUUCGUUACACAGAAGCCUGGUGA